UUGUAGUUUGUGGUCUCUAUUUUAUGUGUCAAAAAUCAGCAAAAUGGCUGAGCAAUUAAACUAAUUAAUUAGAAAGCGAGCUUAUCUCAAUUUAAAAGGUAUUUAACAAAUUUCAAUGUGCAAAGUGAAAGAUCUUCAGAAAAAGAAGUGUGAAGAUUUAGACAGCCAAUUUAAUGAGAGGGAAGUUUUCCAAACAGAAUUCUACCAUAUUGUCGCAAAGGCAAAAAAUAUUUUGGGUGAUUUUAAUGAUACGAACAACAAAAAUGGGUGUUUGCAAAAAAUUACGCAUUCGGAUUCCAACUCUGUCAUUUUUCAGGAAAAUUUACGGCCAAAUUCGAAUGAAACGAUGGGUGUACGAUUACCUUUAAUAAAUUUACCAACGUUUGCUGGAAACUACUCAAAGUGGUUGGAAUUUAGAGACACGUUUGAUAGUUUAAUUCACAAGAAUAAGUCGAUUGGCGACAUUCAAAAGUUUCACUAUUUGCGUGCAUCACUUGAGACCUUGGAAAACAAUUCCCGGACAAAAUUGAAGGAAAAUUUUAUCGGGCAAAAACAAAGGGUUUUUGUAGCUGGGGUUGAAAAAAGCAAGUGUGUUAUUUGUAAAAGCGGUCAUGACAUCAGUGAGUGUAAGAAAUUUUUGGAGUUAACAACCAGCCAGAGAAUUGCGCAAAUAAAACGAAAUAAAUUAUGUAUGUGUUGUUUUUCGAACAAGCAUUUUAGUUUUAAUUGUCAAGGGAAAAAAUGUUCGCCGUGUGGUUUAGGGCAUGAUGUUCUAUUACAUUUUUAUAACCAACGCCAAACUGAACAGGGCAGUGUUGAAAGUGCCCCAAUUGCUGACGUACAAAAGGCUGUAGAAGCGUCUUCAAAGGAAGGAAGUAAAACCUCUGUGGUGCUAUCGAGUAGAAAUUGUGGGACUCAAGGUCAGGUGUUACUUUCUACAACGAUUGUCAAAUUAAAAGAUGUGAGUGGAAAUUUGCAUCAUAGCAAGGUUUUGUUAGAUUCAGCUUCAAUGAGCAAUUUUAUCACUGAAAAAAUGUGUGACAAACUUCAGUUAAAAACAAAAGAUGCGAAUGUGUGUGUGGUUGGGAUUGGUCAAAACACUGAAAAGAUUUCGAAACGGUGUAAAGUAGAAAUCAGUUCUCAGAAAGGUGAUUUCCUAAUUCCUAUCAGUUGUUUAAUCAUUCUGAAAAUUAGUGAUGAGAUUCCUUUGUGUGAAAUUGAGUUAGGACCAAUAAACAUUCCAGGAAAUAUUUGUCUAGCAAACAGUGAAUUUCAUUUGCCUGAUGAAGUGGAUAUGUUAAUUGGUGCAGGUGUGUUCUGGAAACUUAUAACUCAUAACAAACCUUUCUUACAAAACACUUGGUUAGGAUGGGUAGUAGCGGGGUACAUCAGUGGACAAGGAUCUCGAGUCAAACCUAAGAAAACGGUGUGCAACCUAAGUAUUGGUACAGAGGUACAAGACCAAAUGGCCAAGUUUUGGGAACUAGAAGAGCCAGGUGGAGGUCAAAUCGAGGGAAUGACACGGGAUGAAGUUGAUUGUGAAAAUUUCUUUGUGUCAACAAAAAGACGUGAUCAGGAUGGUCGAUUUGUUGUUGCAAUCCCAUUGAAAAUAAUUCAAGAGGAUAUUAUUUCAAUUUUGUUGAGGUUUAGACAACAUGAAGUGGCAUUCUGCGCAAAUAUCGCCAAAAUGUACCGACAAGUAUGGGUUAGGGAAGAUCAACGCCAUCUACAAAGGAUACUGUGGAGAGAAAAUCCAGCAGAAGAAGUCAAGGUCUACAAUUUAAACACGGUGACGUUUGGAUUAACCUCAAGUCCAUUUUUAGCGGUAAGGUGUUUGCAGGAACUGACUAAAAAUUGCGAACAAACACAGAUUUCAAAGGUAAUUGGCAAGGACUUCUACGUUGAUAAUUUGAUAUCAGGGGCCUCCUCGAUUCAAGAGGCACUUCAGAUAUGUAAGGGUGUUUGUGAGGUUUUAAAAUCUGGUGGGUUUGAGCUCAGAAAGUUCAGUUCGAACAAGGAGGAGUUCUUGGAACAAUUUGGAGUAAGGCCCAAGGCAGAAUUAUAAACUCUUAAUCUAGGAGAGCAUCAACACAAAACUUUGGGAUUGUAUUGGGACUAUCAGGCAGAUAUCUUUACCUACAGGGUGACGGAAUUUUCAAGUAAUUCAAGUACCACAAAACGGAAGAUUCUGUCAGAAAUUGCCCAGCUGUUCGAUCCACUUGGGUUAGUUAGCCCAUGUGUCGUCAUUCCCAAGAUUAUUUUACAAUGAUUGUGGAUUCUCAAGUUGGAUUGGGACGAUGAAGUACCGAACAAUAUUGCCCAAGAGUGGGAACAAUUUAAGCAAGAAAUGGUGAAAUUAAACAUGCAAGACAUGUAGGUAGCAACAAUUCAGAGAACAUCGAACUUCAUGGAUUUUGUGAUGCUGCACAAGAAGCGUUUGGAGCAUGUAUCUAUGUCAGAAAUGUCAAGAAGGAUGGAAGUGUAGUCGUUCGCUUAUUGUGUGCAAAAAGUAAAGUUGCCCGGAUAAAGGCACUAACUAUACCGAAAUUGGAAUUGUCGGGUGCAUUAUUACUUUCAAGGUUGAUAAAAGAAGUACAAACUUCCAUGACGUUAAAUUUCAGGAAACUGUUUUUGUGGAGCGAUUCUACAGUAACAUUAAGUUGGAUAAAAUCACCAGCAAAUCAAAUCCAAGCUUUUGUCGCAAAUAGAGUAUCGCAAAUUCAGUCUAUGACGGAUCAAGACAAUUGGCAUUAUGUGCGGUCAGAAGAAAACCCCGCAGACUUAGUAUCCCGGGAACUUUUUCCUUCCAAAUUGUGUGGAAAUAAAUUAUGGUUUGAAGGUCCACAAUGGUUGCCACAAGAUUUCUUUCCAAAUCAGGCUGUAGAUGUCCCUUUAGAGGAACUUCCAGAAAGGAGGAAGCGAGUAAAAGCCUUUUUGAAUUCAGAGAAGAGUAUUUUAGAGAUUUUUUCCAGAUAUUCCAGUUGGACAAAAUUGAAACGUGUAUUUGCAUAUUGCUUAAGGUUUACAGCACGUUGCAGAAAAUUGGAUAGUCCCGAAUCAAAGAAUUUGACAGAGAAAGGAAUGUUAAUAAAGUUAUCACAAGAUGAAUGUUUCGUAAAUGAGAAGAAAAUCUUGGAGACCGGUGAGAAGAUAAAAAAGGGUUGCUUGUCAAAUUUAAAUCCGUUUCUAGAUGCCGACGGAUUAAUCAGAGUAGCCGGAAGACUAGCGCUUUCAGAAUUUAAAUUUGACAAAAAAUUCCCAAUUGUGUUAGACCCAAAACAUCCAUGUCCAAAAUUGAUUGUUAAGGCAGAGCAUUUGAGACUACUGCAUGCAGGCCCUCAAUUAGUUCUCAGUUCAUUAAGGGAAAAUU